CAAAAUUGCAGAAUAGUUUUGGUCAACACAGUUGCGCGGCUGGUGAAAUGUGGCCGGCUUGCUGCGCGCAAAUGGAGAUCGAAGCUAUCACUCCCAUGAGCUUCACCUGUCAUUCUUCCUCUCAUUCAGCACGGAAGGUCACUCUUUUCCCUUCUACAACACUUUCCUCUCCUGUAAUUUGUACUUUUACUUUUAUUUCUUUCCUUGAUCCUGUGUCUCUUUUACCCUGUGUCCCCUGUGCUAUAUCCAUCCUGUCACUCUUAGAUGGGUUUGUUUGCAUGAAAACAGACAGCCCUCUUUCUUUUAUAUGAGCCUUUCAAUUCUCCCAAGCAAAAGCAAUGGACACCCCCCAGGCUCAGGUUUCUGGCCUAGAGAGCGCACCCAUACCCGCGCCCAACCCUGGAAAUACCCAGAAUACUCAAGAUGUUCAGAACACCCAGAACACAACCACAGCCCCUGAUGUUAACAUGAGUGAGGCUGGGAGCCAGAGCGCUGUGAAUGAAAGCCAGACAGAACCAGGCCAGGAUAUCACCAUACCAGACGCCCAUCCAGCAGAGCCAGAAAACUCAAAGCCAGCAGAGCCACCAACGCCCGCGAAGAGAAACCCUGGACUUAGAUUCCUUGACUACCUCACAUCACCCAUUGUCGAGCUUAUCGUUGGCCAAGGAGAGCAUGAAACUGUUCUAACUGCCCACCAGAGCUUGCUCUUAGAAUCGCCUUUGCUCGCAGAAUCUGUCGCAGCGUUUAAUGAAUCAGGACCUCGACGCAUUCAACUUCCCGAAGAGAACGUCGAAGCAUUUGGAUGCUUCCUCCAAUUCCAAUAUACCCGUGACUACUCCUCUGUACAAACAAAGGCUUCUGGUCAAGAUACAGAUGCUGUUGGAGAGAUAGAUGAUUCUGGAGAACAAUUGCUUAAGCACGCGCGAGUUUACACGCUUGCAGAGAAGCUGGGGAUGCCCGCACUGAAGACCCUGGCUCACUCUAAGAUUCAUCGCAUUAACAGUACUUCUCGUGGCGAAAUUGCGUACGCCCGCUACGUCUACACAAACACACCUUCUGACGACAUCACGAUUCGGAAGCCUGUCGCGUCCUUUUGGGCGCAACGAAGCCAUGUUCUGCGACAUGAAGCUGACGAAGACUUCAAGAAAUUAUGUAUUGAAGUCCCUGAAUUUUCCUGGGAUGUGCUCACCCUUGUUCUCGACUGGAAAGAAAAGCGUUCCCAAGACAGGGCAGAGGCAGAGUCCGGCGCCAAGGGAAGCUCCCGGAAACGACUUAGAAGUGGACUGUAGUCAAGUUUUCCUUGUAUGUAUAAUUGAUGUGAAUUAAUAGAACACGUCAGCUGGACUUAUAUGGGCCACUGCAAGAUUCAUGUAAUUCUAUCCUUGAUAAGAAAGAAAUAAUGUUACUCUUUC